UCCAGCGACCUCCAACCUUGCCCUUGCCCGCUGCCUUCUUGCUGUGGAAGAGAGACACGUAGAGAUCUGCUGAGAACGGUGCAGAGUGAGCAGAGAAUGGUCUAAAUGAAGCCCGAGCCAGAUUUUCAUCAUCUGCAGUGUUUUGUGUUUUCCGUGACGAGAAGCUACACUCUUCACUUACCUUUAGACUCCCCAUGUCAACCAUCGGCAGUUUCUUAUGAAGCUCGUUCAUCCAGAAAGAAUGUUCUGGGCUGCAAUAUUUACCAGUGCAAAUGCGACUGUUUAUCAAGAGGCAAGAUCUUAGGAGAUCCAAUGGAUGAAGGACAAAGGAGGAUACGAGGUCCUAGCAGUCUGUUGAGGAAGUCGACAACGAUAGUCUGCUGGAGGCUGGAGGCUUGUCCUGUGGAAUUAGAGGUUUUCAACAUGCAGCACCUGGAGUACAGGAAGAAGGUGGAGAGCCCAGUGACAUGGUGCCAUGACGAUAACCUUUCCUUUAAUGUCAGCAAAACAAAAGAGAUAGGACACUCACUGACCUGCCCAGGGUGGUUUGUCCGUCCCCAGCCAAGGAACUUACAUGUCACAGAAGUUAACCACAUUUGUGGUUCUGGAGCUGCCCAUCCAGCCGGACCAGGAUAGACUGACAGAUGGGAUAUUGCUGAAUUAGAAGGGUUUUAUCAAAGUUAAAGAUAAGACAAAUAUUAGUUUACUUCCCAGUGAUCAUUCCCUUUCUGACAGUCCAUCUUGUGCCGUGAUGAAGCCACCCUCAGGGUGGUGGAGCAACACCUUAUAUUCUGUCUGGAUAGUCUCCAACCUGAUGGCAUGAACAUCGAUUUCUCCUUCUGGUAAAAAAAAUCUUUUCUACCUGCCCUCUUCUUCUAUUCCCUGCUGAGAGGUAAGAGGUUACCUCUUCUCUCCUGCCUAUCACCUCCCUUUGGCAUCCUUCCACCUCCCCUUUCUCCUAUGGGCCACUCUCCUCUCUUAUCAGAUUCCUUCCUCUCCAGCCCUUUACCUUUCCUAUCUGCCUGGCUUCACCUUUCACUUUCUAGACCUCCUUCCCCUUCCCCCACAUUUUCAUUCUGGUGUCUUCCCCCUUCCUUUCCAGUCCUAAAGAAGGUUCUUGGCCUGAAACGUCGACUGUUUGUUCAUUACAUAUAAUCUACUGGAGAACCUCGACAGACCCCGACCUGCUGAUUUCCUCCAGCAUUUUGUGUGUGUUGCUUUGGAUGUAUUUGUCACAUGUAGAAUGAAACAUUGAAACAAAGAGUGAACAGACAAGUUAGGGAAACGUUUAACUGGAGUAAGGGAAAAUAUGAGGCUAUCAGGCUGGAACUUGGAAGCAUAAAUUGGAAACAGAUGUUCUCAGGGAAAUGUACGGAAGAAAUGUGGCAAAUGUUCAGGGGAUAUUUGUGUGGGGUUCUGCAUAGGUACAUUCCAAUGAGAUGGGGAAAGGUUGGUAGGGUACAGGAACCGUGGUGUACAAAGGCUGUUGUAAAUCUAGUCAAGAAGAAAAGACGAGCUUACGAAAGGUUCAAAAAACUAGGUAAUAUUAGAGAUCUGGAAGGUUAUGAGGCUAGCAGGAAGGAGCUUAAGAAUGAAAUGAGGAGAGCCAGAAGGGGCCAUGAGAAGGCCUUGGCAGACAGGAUUAAGGAAAACCCCAAGGCAUUCUACAAGUAUGUGAAAAGCAAGAGGAUAAGACGUGAGAGAAUAGAACCAAUCAAGUGUGACAGUGGAAAAGUGUGUAUGGAACUGGAGGAGAUAGCAGAGGUACUUAAUGAAUACUUUGCUUCAGUAUUCAACACGGAAAAGGAUCUUGGCAAUUAUAGGGAUGACUUGCAGUGGACUGGAAAGCUUGAGCAUGUAGGUAUAAAGGAAGAGGAUGUGCUGGAGCUUUUGGAAAGCAUCAAGUUGGAUAAGUCACUGGGACUGGACGGGAUGUACCCCAGGCUACUGUGGGAAGUGAGGGAGAAGAUUGCUGAGCCUCUGGCGAUGAUCUUUGCAUCAUCAGGAGAGGUUCCAGAGGAUUGGGGGUUCCAGAGGAACCAGUGUGGCAUGGUCCAAUCUAAAUUAGGAACUUCGGAUAAAGAACACCAGGUGAGGCAGGGUCUGAUCUAAAUUGGGAGCAUCGGGUAAAGGGCACCAGGUGAGGCAGGGUCUGAUAUAUAUUGGGAACUUCAGGUAAAGGGCAUGUUCCCCCUAAUAGAGCUAAUGAAGGAAUCUGUAGAUGGACAGGUGGAUAUAAGAGUUGGUUUGAUGUAGUCAUGGAUGAGAUCUGAGAAAUCACAGGGUCACCAACAUGUUUAUUUGACCCUUGAGCUUCUCAUGAUCGUUCUGGCUUACAAGGUCACUGUAGAGGAGGUGAAUCUCAGUUAUGCCUAAAGCCUAUGUGGGAGCUGAGGGGUUAAUGUGACAUUGGGUAAGGGUGCAAAAUCAGUUUAGCUGCCCAUGAUGUAUCUCUUUUAAUCUUCCGUUCCGCUGAAGUCAUGGAAACCGAUUUAAUACAGGCACACACACAAAGAACAGCCUCCCACACAGAUAUGCAAAUACCAGACUCCCACACAGACGUGGAGAAGGAGCCCCACACCCUUCUUAAAGGAGUCCGUUGCUCUGCGAUGCACCGGUGAAAACAAGCCCGCCCUGUACCAGUGACCACAGUGCCAGAAACACUCGGGAAGUCAGCCAGCAUCUGCGGAGAGAGAACCUGAGCCAACAUUUCACCUCAGUGGUCUUUCCGACCCACAAACACAAGAGAAUCGGCAGAUGCUGGAAAUCCAGGGUAACACUUACAAGACAUUGGAGGAACUAAGCCAGUCGGGAAUAAGGAGUCAACAUUUUGGGCUGAGAGCCUUCGUCAGGACCCCUACUUUCCAACCCCCCCCUUUACCUCUCACUCCCAUGGAAUUGGUUAUAACUUCCUUCCCAUCCUUCUCCUCAUCUCCAACCGCUGUUUUUUAAAUUAAUUAUUAUUGUGACAAUUCUCUUCUACAUAGACAUCCUCCCAUCUCUCCAUCCCUCUCCACCCUCCUAAUUUCACCCAUAUUUUAGUUGGAUUGUGUUUUUCGUGUACUUAGCUUUCCUACUCUUGCUGAUAUUUUUAUACAAUCACCCACGUUUAAUUAUUCAAUGAAGUUUCCAUUACAGUACAGUUGAUUCUGUAUUUUUCUAGAAACUUCUUAGUUUUCAGCAGCAGGUGUCACACUGCAUGAAUAAGGAUAUUUUGUAGGUUAAUUGAUAUCACUGGAAUUUCGUUAUCGCUUGACCAUGACUGCUUUGCCCUUUGACCUUUUCUUCUCUUGGCUCCUCUUUCUUGUUCAUUUUCUACUCUUGU